CCCGGGUUUACAUUUUGAAUGUCAAAAAAAGCUGUCCGAAAAUCGUUUCACUUUAUUCAACGUUAGUUUCAAGAAUAUAUUGGGGUAAACAAAUAAUUGAAUUACUUUUAUAUUAAGUUUUAUUUUAUUGGUUAUUAAAAGAGGCAAAAUAGAAUUUAAAAUGUCGGGUACAUUAAAAAAGGAAAUUAAAUCCCAUUUAAAAGCCAUCCAACACAAUAUACCCAAAGGACUGGAAGAGAAAACAGAAAACCUAGUAAAAAACAUGAUGACACAUGAAUGCUAUCGUAACAAUGAGUACAAAUGGAGUUUGGAUGACUUUGAACUGGGAUCUCGUUUGGGGCGUGGAAAAUUCGGAAGAGUAUACACUGCAAGAGAAAAACAAACAGGCUUUUUGGUUGCAUUAAAAACUUUAUACAAAAAAGAGAUAGUUAAAGGUAGAGUUGAAAGACAACUUCUUAGAGAAAUUGAAAUACAAAGUCACUUAAAACACCCUAAUAUCCUACAAUUGUUGGCAUGGUUCCAAGAUUCUCACAGAAUUUAUCUUGUUCUGGAGUAUGCUGGUAAAGGUGAACUUUAUACAUACUUAAAAAAGAGUCCUGGGGGUUGCUUUAACGAACAUUUAUCUGCAAAGUAUACCUACCAAGUAGCAGAUGCUUUGCAUUACUGUCAUCAAAACCAAGUUAUACACAGAGACUUAAAACCAGAAAAUUUGCUUUUAACAAUUCAUGGUGAUAUAAAAUUGGCUGAUUUUGGAUGGUCUGUGCAUGCUCCUUCUUUGAAACGUACUACCCUAUGUGGUACUUUGGAUUAUUUACCUCCAGAGAUGGUUGAAGGAGAAGAAUACUGCCAAUACGUUGACCAUUGGUGUUUAGGUGUAUUGUGCUAUGAAUUUUUGGUUGGAAAUCCUCCAUUUGAAAGUAAAACUAAUGAAGAAACAUACAAGAAAAUUAGGGGCGUUGAAUUACAUUAUCCUGAGCAUGUCAGCGAUGGGGCCACAGAUUUGAUAUCAAAAUUGCUGCAGAAGUCGAUAAGUAAACGUAUUACUUUGCCUGAUGUUAUGAAACAUUACUGGAUUGUUGCUAAUAAGUAAAAAAUAUUUUGUAUUUUAAGAUUAUAUUAGUUAAUUUAGUUUAAGAGUAAUAUUAGCC